CAGGCCGCAACCGAUUUAAACAUGGCCGCAUGUUAGACAAAAUUUUUCUUUCUUGUUUGCCAACGUAUUUAAAACGAUUUAGUAGUGGUGUUUGUUAGUUUAUUGGAUGUUCUAUUUAUUUCUGUAGUGCCCCGUAUUGUAAAUUAAUAGUAAAAAAUUGUAGAAAAUGAUGAGGCAUCCAGAACAUCAUCAACUACCGCCUACAAUGCAAAGAAAUAAUAGAAUGAACGUCCAACAAAUGACGCAGCCUGCACAGAGAAUGCUGAUGACUGUACCUGGAUCUCCUCAUUCCAGUGUGCUCGUGUCCAUGCCUGGACCUGGACCAACGUUAAUUACAACUACCAUUGCUCCGAUACCACAACAUCCCCAACAACCAUCCAAAACAAAUUCCGUUCCAGUAUAUUACGAUCAACGUACGACUCAUUCUCAUAACAUGAGUUCCGAUGAUCAACAACAAUCGCAGCAGCAGCAAUCGCCGCAACAAUCUCAACAGACGCAACACACUCAGCAUGCACACCAGACGCAGCACCGCCAAUCGGAGAACCCCGUAGACCCACAGCAGCAACAGAACCCGCCAUCAAACACUACUACUUCUUCAGCGUUGCCCAUUUUGGCAAACAUAAAAGAGAAAACCCCCAUGUGCUUAGUGAACGAGCUCGCUCGGUACAACAAGAUCCAGCAUCAGUAUCGGCUGACGGGCGAGCAGGGGCCCGCACACAAGAAGAUAUUCACGGUAACGCUGAAACUCGACAACGAGGAGUACGAAGCGGAAGGACCCAGUAUCAAGAAAGCACAACAUUCGGCCGCCGCCCAAGCUCUCGCCAAAACGCAGCUGAAGCAUCCGCCACCCAAAACGGCUCGGAACAACCGUCAGGGCGUACGAGUGACCUCUACUGGAAUGGUAACGCCAACCGUCGAAUUAAAUGCUCUCGCGAUGAAACGGGGCGAACGGACCGUUUACGUUGUUGAAAAUGGUCCGGGACAUCAUCAACAGACUUAUGUACCUCAACCAACGGGAUACUAUCCGAGACACGGAUUAUACAGUCCGCAAGGACAACCCAGGUACAAUUGCGAUAUGAGGCGUAACCAUCCCAUGAGAGGACAUUAUAAUUCCUACGACAACAGGUAUUACAAUCAAAUACGGCCACCGUUUCAACAACACGGGAACGCCGAAAUUUGUUCUGUUCUUUUACGAAUCGCUGAUAGGGAAUAUUCCGGGACCGGUUUGACAGUACAAGCUGCGCGGCACGACGCUGCGUCGAAAGCGAUCGAAGAUAUCAAAAGAUUAAACGCGGAAGAGGGUCGAGAUAGUGAAGGUGAAGGUAGCACUAUUGAGCAAACGAUUGAAAACGGCGAAACAGACGUAAACGCGGAUUUAAAGUCACCGAUAUCGCUAGUUCACGAAAUUGCGUUAAAACGGCAUCUCAGCGUCGCUUUUGAGGUGCUGAGCGAAAAGGGCCCGCCACACAUGAAGGUCUUUAUAACGCAAUGUAAAAUCGGUGACAUCGUCGUUGAAGGUGAAGGUAACGGAAAGAAAAAAUCGAAAAAGCGCGCCGCGGAAAAAAUGCUUGAAAAAUUAGCCAAAUUUCCACCUUUACCUUCAACAUCCACUUCGAAUAGUUUAAAAAAGAAACGGGUGACAAAUAAGAAAAAGACCCGAAAUUUGAUAAAACUUAAUUCGGAUAAAUCAUCCGAAUACGCCGAAGAAAUUAAUCCGAUUUCCCGUCUAAUUCAAAUACAACAAGCGAACAAAGAAAAAGAACCCGUUUACACGGUUAUCGAAGAACGUGGCGCUCCUCGUCGUCGAGAAUUUGUCAUUCAAGCUUCCGUGAAUGGCAUUUCUUGUAAUGGAAUUGGACCCAAUAAAAAAAUCGCCAAGCGAAGUGCUGCUCAAGCUCUACUCAAUGCACUCGGCUAUUCAAACGCUCCAAUGUCACCACCAAAACCAAACGUAAUCAACGGAAACGCAAAAGUCGAUAAAGAAGUGUCCACACCAGAAACGGCAGAAAAACCUCGCAAAGUAACGUUUAUGGAAGAAAAACCAGCAGAGGUGUCAUCGGGCGUUGUUGGAGGUAGCGGAGGUCGUCAGUUGGUACCUGGAUUAUUGCUUGUGGGCGAUCAAUCAAUAACGAUGCAAAAUAAAUCGAAAGAUUGCUCGCAAUCAACCGUUAAUGGAGCCACGACCGAGAAAAAAGCACCGAAACUUCCUCCAACACCUCCUCAAGGUGUUCGAUCGAAGGAUAAACUUCUCUAUUUAGCCCAGCUGAUGGAUAUUCAUGUACAAUUUUCCGAUUUUCCAAAAGCAAAUCAUGAACAGUAUUUAACACUUGUUUCUCUUAACACAAAUCCACCUCAGGUUUGUCACGGUGAAGGUCCAACAACGGAAGCAUCGCACGAAAAAGCGUCAUUGGAGGCAUUGAAUGUGCUGUCUGAACUGGGCCUGGACAACAUAGCGCCGUGUAAAGAACCGGUAGCCGAUACGUAAAUGGUCUACCUCGAGUAAUAAAAAAAGAGUUCGGAAAAAAAUUAAAAACAAAAAUUAAAAAAAAAAAAAGAACAAUGAUCAGUUUCGUUUUUUAUAUAUAUAAUCUAGUGGGUUGUAUUGAAUCCAUUGGAUGUAUUUAUAAAAAAAAAAAAUUUAUUUAUUGCUUGAGCACUAUUCCCGUACGCUUUUAAUGGGCAGAAAACGUAAUGUGGAAUGAUGUUGACGAAUUGAUUUUGAUGUACUAUACCGACUCGUCAUGAACACUAAGGAAUAAGAAAAAAAAAUCUAAUCUAUUAUAUUUAUCUUGAAUAUAAAGCUUAUAUUGAUAUCUUAGAGGAAGUUUAAUUCGUCGUUGCGUUAUUUUUCGAUGUAAGAACGAAAGAGAGUCCGGGUAUAAAAAGAAUAUAUAGUCGCAGUUUUCUGAGAUACCAAUAGUGAAUCUUUUUGUUUGGGAUAAUAGAGAGGGCGCAACGGGAAUCCAAUUAAAUUAUGAAUCAACUAAUACAAACAACGUGUGCAUGAUGAGUUCCCGAAUAACGUUGAGUUUUACCCGGCCAAAAAAAAAAA